AGUCUGCUCUCAUUCAGAUUAAUAUUACUUGUGGAAAGCUUCUGAAUGCAGAAAAUUGCCUACAACCUAUAGCAUCCAGUGAUGAGAUAUUGGCCACUGAAGAUCAUGAUUUAGAAACGUUCUAUCCUAUUUCACCCAUAAUUGAUCUUAGGGAAAAGAAUGUAUACAAAAUAAAAAAUGACACUGGUUUCAACAAAGACUACCCAUAUCCUUAUCCUCAUACAGCAUACACUAUUGAAAGUGGGAAAAGGGAGAAAUCGGAACAUUUACAAGCCAGAGUUUUGAUGUUUGCUUUUGGGAAUGCUCUAGCCAAGGCUAAGAAACUUUAUGGAGAUGAACCCAAAGUCUUGGAGAAGCCAGUAGUUGUUCAGAGUAUUGGUACAAAUGGCCAAGCUUUCCAUUUUGUAGUGUUUCAGUUGAACACAACAGAUUUGGACUCUAGCAAUGGUGUUAAAAACCUGGCCUGGCUGGAUGCGGAUCAGCUUUUGUAUGAGGAUGCCAGGAAGCAUCCAGAAAUCAAGAAGAAAAUAGUUCUGAUUCCUGCUGGAAUACAUGGCUAUAACCCAGACACAUUCAAAAAAUUCCUGGCACUCUACUUGCACGGUGUUGUGUGAACAGAUCCCAGGAAGUCUGAGCUCAACCUCUAGUUCUUCCUGAAAUACUACACUAGACGUACUGUUAACACAAGACUGAAAAGGAUAUGUUUAUUUGUAAUAAAAGAUAUUUUUAAA